AUGCCUCAUCGGAAUACUCUUGUUCGUCCUCCUGUCGAUGAUGUUGUUCCAGUUCCACCUCCAGAGGAUGACGAACCGCCACCAGAGGAUGCUAGUGACGAAAAUGAUGAUGAGCCUGAGGGUUUCCCAGGGGGUCCCUCAGAUAUGUCCCUGCUGACAGGGUAUGCUGACCAUACUUCCAGACAUGUUUGGGAUGGAGAGACUCGUCCUCCGCAGAAGUUCUAUAACCAUAGGCGAAAUAUAUUACCUUUUGAUCAGUCAUAA